AUGUUCUGUUGCUCUAGCCGGAAGGAAAAGAAGUCUUCGGGGGGCGAGCCAGUCGAAUUGGUGCAACAGGUACCCAGGAGCAUCCGGCCAGUCCGGCGACUUCAAGAAUUUGACUACACUAUUACACGACUUGGAGAAUUCGAAAACCCGGCCGGAGUUGGUCCACUCCAAAUCGACUUUUAUGCAGUCUGGUAUACCGGACCACUUCCGCCUCCAGAUGAGGAAAUUGCUAUACUCGGUGGCAUUAAAGAAAACGGUCAACUGAUCAUUUCCGAAAUCUUUACAACAAGAGAUCCUCGACCAGAGCAGCAAAGGCCACGGGCUGCCGAUAUCUUGCUUGGAUUCUGGUGUCAUGAGCUUGAAAUCCCCGUUGAAGAUCUGAAGGGACUAUUUUUCGACAACGUCGAGGAAACGACCAUGGGAGAGAACCAGGAAAUGAGGAAUUCUGGGACUCAAGUUAAGCGCUUCGAUUUCAUACCAAAAGUUCACACAGAUGGUGCCGAGUAUUCUUUCAAAGUUACCUUCGAGUAG